UUUAGAACUGUAAAAAAAAAAAAAACACUAGCUAAAACAAGAGUCAACAUCGGAGGCACUUUUGGAAGCACUUCACAAAGACGAGAUAAUCACAUGCAAAGGGAAUCAAAUUUAUGGAAGUCCUGAAGGUUUUUUCCCCUUUACCCUUUAAGGAUAAGGUAACAAAGUUAACUGGUCAGCUCCUUUUCUCCUGUAAAGAGAUGGACCAGGACAGAAGUUGUAAAGGCAGUGAGGUGAGAAUUGGUCACUCUCUAAAUGAAGCAGAGAGGCAGCAUUUGGCCAGAAGGAUAAAGACCGUUCUCCACUGCCUGAAGCAGAAUGGUAUAUACUGCAGUGAGGAUGAGUUACCUAACAUCGCAGUGCUGGGCUCUGGUGGUGGUUUGAGAGCGAUGAUUGCACUACUGGGAUCACUAAGUCAGCUGAAAGAAGAUAAACUGCUGGACUGCAUCAUGUACCUGUGUGGAGUUUCAGGAUCUACCUGGUGCAUGGCAUCAUUAUAUAAAGAACUAGACUGGUCCACCAAACUGAAGACUGUGAAAGAAAACAUUGUCCAAAGGCUUGCUGAAGGCAGUGUCAAUUGGUCACAGAUGGGUCUAAAACUAGCAAAAUACUAUUCAGAAAAAGACAAUUUCAGCCUGACAGAUGUGUGGGCAGCACUGAUUGUGUCUCACAUGGUGAAAGAGAUUGAUGAACACAGAAUCUCAGAGCAGAGGGGCAACUACACCAAUGACCCGUAUCCCAUUUACACUGUCAUUGACAAACAGUGCAAAUAUGACAGACUGAAUGCAGAUGUCUGGUUUGAGAUCACUCCAGAUGAGUCAGGUUAUUCUCUCUCUGGAGCCUUUGUGGAUUCCUCCUGUUUAAGAAGUCAGUUUGAGAAUGGACAGAAGAUUAAAGACCAGCCUGAGACUGACAUGCUGUACCUACAAGGUCUGUGUGGCAGUGCCUUCGCAGAUAUGGAAGAGAUCCUUAAGUUACUCUAUGAGGCCCUAAAACACCUGAUUAAAAACAAAAUAGGAAGCACAGAAGAAAGUCAAACAUCACAAACACCAGAUGUGCAGAAUGGUUGUGAGGUGCUGUUAACACUUGUGGAUCUGAACCUUUGCAUGUUAAAAAAGGAGGAUCCUAAAAUUUACCUCCAAACCAUGAAGAACCUACUGAAAGAUAAACAUGAUGAAGCAGAACAGAUGACUCUUCAUCUAGAGAGGCUGAUGACAUCAGAAGGGAAAAUCCCAGAGGCAGAGUUAAAGGAUUACACCCUGCAUCUAUGCAGUUCUAUCAGUGACAUGUUUAAGGUGCAGGGUUUUUUGGACAAAAUUUGGAUUGCCAUCGUGAAAGCCAUAGAGAAAAUGGUGCACUGGAUCUGGGGAACAACUUACGACUACCUCUACAAGAUGAAAGUGGAAGAUGUCGACCCCAGUGUCCUUGACUCAAAGACGAGAGAAUAUGAAGAUGCUGGAGCGUUACUCAACUCACCCUAUUUCUCAGUGCUGAGACAAGAACGCGACAUCGACCUCAUCAUUUCCGUUGACUGCAAUGGAUUGAAGCCAUUUGAGACGGUGGUUCAGACUGCUGAACUAUGCAAAGAGCUUAAGAUUCCUUUCCCUGAAGUUGCUAUACCUCCUGAAGGUAAAGAACCACAGGACUUCUAUGUGUUUAGAGGAUACAGCAAAGCUCCAACUGUGAUUCACAUCCCUCUUUUCAAUGCAGUGAACUGCAAAGGAGAAGUUCUGGAGUGGAUGAAAAGAUAUCACACCUUUCGAAUGGACUACAGUCACAGUGAGAUCACAGAUCUUCUGGACAAAGCUGGAUUAAACAUCAAAAACAACAAAGAGAAACUGCUCAAGGAGAUUGAAAAUGUCAUUAAAGAGAAAAAAAUGAAGUAAAAUGAAACAACAGAAAAUACAAAUACUUCAAAUACAUGCCAGAUAUCAGUCUUUUUGGAUCUGGGUAGUCAGUAUGUUCUUUUUCAUGUAUCAGUAAAAUAAAUAAUCAGCAUACAAUUUUAUGUGUAAUAAUAGCAAAAUUGUAGUUACAUUCAUAGAGCACAGAAUAUCAACUUUGGGCACAUUUUUUUUUGUUUACAUUCAUGAUGGUUUGUUUAGUGUCUCAUUAUAGGAUCAUUAUCAUAAAUGAUUUAUAAACUAAACUAAAAAUAACUAAAAAAAAGGCCAUAUUCAGCAAAAAGAUUCUUUUUCUUUUUUUUGGAAAUUGGAAAAUGGC